AUGGAGAGGGGGAGUUUGUCUAAUGUUUUAAGCAAUGAAGUUGAGUCCAAGAAACUGGAUUGGCUUAAAAGGGUGAAUAUUAUCAAAGGUGUUGCUUAUGCUUUAUCUUACAUGCACCUGGAUUGCUCACCACCAAUCGUUCAUCGAGACAUAUCAAGCAGUAAUGUUUUGCUUGAUUCCGAAUAUGAAGCUCGUGUUUCAGAUUUUGGCACAUAUGGAUAUGUUGCACCUGAACUUGCUUAUACAAUGAAGGUUAUGCCAAUGUGUGAUGUCUAUAGCUUUGGAGUUUUAGCAUUGGAGAUAAUCAAAGGAAAGCAUCUCGAGGAAUAUAUUACCGUACUAGCAAAUUCGUCGACUAUAGAUCCUGUGCAGUUUAGUGAUUUUCUAGAUGAAUGCCUUCCAUAUCCUGAAGAUGAAGUAAAAGAGGUUUUGGAUUUUAUCAUCAAGGUAGAAAGCUUUUGUUUGGUUGAAGCUCCAAAAUCAAGGCCAACAAUGCAAUUCAUCUCUCAUAAAUUAUCAACAAUGUAA